UCGGUGUCAGGUGCUGGCCGCUUGGUCCAUGCUUGGGAGUGUGCGUCCGCCAGACGGUCGGGACAUGUCGGAUACGCGCAGUGCGGGCGGUGUCUCGUCGCUGGCGAGUCAGGGAAGUUCGGACGACUGCGAUGGUGGUGGGACGGUUGCCACUCCUGCGGCAGAUCGGGUGGCAGCCGAGCGGCUGUGGGAGGUCCUGAAGCGGUGUUCAGUGGCGGGGGGCCGAGGCGCCUUGCAGCUGAGCGGCUUGGUGGACUAUCUGCUGCUCGGCUUCAAAGCCGGAGGCCUGACUCCCACCGCCGGCUGCCCGGCCCAAGCUAAGGGCCUCCUGGAUUGUGGCCGCUGCCGGCAAACUCUCGUUGGCCCGGUCACUCUGCGCUGCGGCCACACCUGGUGCUGGCGGUGCCUCCUCUGGGAUCCCCGGUGCCAGCUGUGUGGGGAAGAAACGGCGGCGCCGGGGCUCCAGUCUCAGUCCCUCCGGUCCAACGUGAUCCUGAGUCAUCUUAUGGCCAAGUGGUUCCCGGCCCAGAUGAGCCGUGUUCGGGACAAUUUAAGACUGGAGGAGUUAUUGGCUGAGGGUCGACACCCCGAGGCGUUGGCCUUAGUGGAACAACUGGACUUAAAACCCAAUGAUGUUGUCUUACUGGGCUACAGGGCUGAAUCAUAUGCUGGUCUUCAAUUAUUCACAGAAGCAAUGGAAGAUAUAGAAGCUUUGUCUUCAAGAAUGCCUGCUUGGCCGGAGGGUUACUUCAGAAAAGCUAGAGUACUGCGUUCAAUGGGUCGGGUUGAAGAAGCCAUACAAUCACUACUUCAGUGUUUGGCCUUGGAUGAAAACUUUACUCCGGCUGAAGUAGAAAUGGAAAAGAUUUUAUCUCAUUUGCUGACACUUGGUCCUGAGAAUGUCAAAGAGGGAUUACUGCACAGCAGGAAUAAAGCUUUAACAGUAGAAUUGUCUACUGCUGUCGGCUGCUGUCAAAUUCUGCCAUAUUCAACCAAGUUGAAAAAUGAACAGAUACCAAGCAGCGGGAAGGGAGAGCAAGUAUGCCUGGACCAACCAGAAUUGUUUCAGUCUCCACUUUCCAUGCGGAAGACUGUUGGAUUACAAAGGGUUCCUUCAGCUCCAUUGUUUUCAAGUGAAAAGAAAGCGGUUAACAUGAAAAGAAAACUGUCUUCCAGUGAUCAAGAAAUAAAGGAUACCAUCAUUUGGAAGAAUAAACACCAAAAACAGAAUACUGAACAACUGUGCGAUUCGUUUUCUGAGAGUAUACUAAGAAAAGAUCAAAUAGAUGUGUCAGACUUUGAAUGUUCUCUUUGUAUGAGAUUGUUUUUGGAGCCUGUCACUACACCGUGUGGCCACAGCUUCUGUAAAGGCUGCUUAGAACGAAGUUUGGACCAUAGCCCAAUGUGUCCACUAUGUAAAGAUAGUCUAAAGGAAUAUCUUGAAAAUAGGAAAUUCAGUGUUACCUGUAUAUUGAAAGAAUUAAUUGCAAGAUACCUUCCUGAAGAAUUGUAUGAAAGGCAAAAGAUUCAUGAUGAAGAAACUGCUGAACUAACUCAUUUAACCAAGAAUGUUCCUAUUUUUGUAUGCACAAUGGCAUAUCCUACCGUGCCUUGUCCACUUCAUGUUUUUGAGCCACGGUAUAGGCUUAUGAUUCGAAGAUGCAUUGAUACGGGUACAAAACAGUUUGGAAUGUGCAUCAAUGAUCCACAGCAUGGAUUUACUGACUAUGGUUGUAUGCUGCACAUAAGAAGCAUUCACUUCCUUCCUGAUGGGCGAUCGGUUGUGGAUACUGUUGGUGGAAGUUGUUUUAAGGUUUUGGAAAGAGGACAAAAAGAUGGAUACUACACUGCCAAUAUCGAAUACUUGAAAGAUGUAAAGGUCACAGGAGAGGAGUUGGGUGAACUUACUGAUCUACAUGAUAAGGUAUAUGUACAAGCUUGCAACUGGUUUCAAAACCUGAAGAGCAGAUUUCGUAGUCAAAUUCUCCAGCAUUUUGGAUCAAUGCCAGAGAAGGAAGAAGAUAUACAGGGACCUCUGAAUGGACCUGCUUGGUGUUGGUGGCUUCUAGCUGUUCUUCCCGUGGACCCUCGAUACCAGUUAUCUGUAUUGUCCAUGACGUCCUUGAAAAAUCGUUUAAUUAAAAUCCAAAACAUUUUGAUAUAUUUCUCCAGUGCAAGAUAUCGACCCAAGUGAAAAACCAAAUGGACUUUAUUAAAAGAUCUGCUAAUUUAUAUGAACUGCUACUUUUGUAUAGUUCAAAAACGGAAGGAAGAAACUCAUUUAUUUUUAGCCAAGAAAGGUUGUAAAUAAACCAUUUUGGAAGAGAUUUCAGAUUUUUUUUUGUAUUUGCAUUGUUUUAGAAGUUAUGCUGAUCAUUUGGAUACUGCUAAAGUGAAUUAAGUACUGUGGGUUUGUUCUAAACUCAGCAAUAUAGUUAUAAAUUUAAAAAUUGAUUAUGAUUUGAAUGGAUAUUUAAGACUUGUUGGUAUCUCAAUCUUAAGUGGUGGCUCAAUGCAAAGGCAAGCCUCUGUUAUUUGUCAGACUACUUCCUUUCAUCUGCAGUUAACUUGACCACAAGAACCAUCCAUCGAUGCCAUCGCCAUUGUUCAGUAGUCAAAAAGGAUGAACCUGGGCUGGAUUUGUUCCUUGUUUCUUUCACAAGUUGGUAAAGGAAGCAAGAAAACAGAAAAUAAGAUGUCAGUGGUUUAUUAUCCCAACGUGCAAACAAUGUGUAUGUGUCACUAGGAUUCCUUUAAUUGUAUUUUACAAAUACAAAAAACUAGAAUGUAUCCCUGUGCUAUGCAAUUAUAAUUGUUCUAUUAUUUAAGGUUUUCAUUAUAAGUAACCAACCUCAAUGGUUGGAUGCUUUUAAGAUUGGGAUUUAUGUAAAUUUAGUUUAAAAUUUAAUUAUUUGUUUGCUUUAAAAGUGAACUACAAAGCUGUUUUUGUUUUAAAAAAACAAUUCAAUUGACUGGUUACAGUAUAUUUGGUCAUGUGAUGGUUUGUAUUUUUGCUCUGUAAUUUUCCAGAUUUUAAUUGCUGGUAUAGUAUGCCAGGCACUGACUGUAGAAAUCUUUUACAAAGGUUACAGAGGUUACAAAGUUCCAGUUAGCUUGUAUAUUUUUGAAUAAAAUCUUAAAUUAUAAAACUAUA